CCAGCCGCCGCCGCCGCCACAGCCAUGGCUCACCUCCGCCUCCUCCUCUCCCACUCGGCCCGCCGCCACACGCGGCCGUGCAGUCUCCUCUCGCUCCUCCGCUUCUCGUCUGACUCCGGUUCCGGUACCGGCCCAACGCCGCCGCCGCCUCCUGUCAAGCCCGUCUCGUACGCCCCGAAGCCGCAGUCCACGGCCGAGGAGGCCCCCGCCGCCGCGGAGGACGCGGCCCCGAGCGAUGGCCCCGUCUCUCAGCCCCCGCCGCCGAGGAGAUCGCAGGAGCCGCCGCAGCGGCAGUGGACGCGGGAGGAGUUGCGGUUCGUGAAGGACGCGGUGCCCGCGGUCACGCCGGUGUCGUACCCCGCCAGGGUCGCGCCGCUUCCAGAGGACUGGCCGGCGGAGGAGGUGCCCCAGGAGGGGCCGGCGGAGGAGGGGCUGCGGGGCGAGGCCGAGCGGAUCGAGAUGGAGGCCACCCGGGGCAGGAGGAGCUUCUUCGGGAUGCAGGUGGAAGAGGAGCAGGUGCCCUACCCGACGCUCAUACCGGUGGAGAAGCGACCGCAGAAGGUCGCCAUUGAUCUAGUCGACGCCAUCCGCGAAAUCAAGACCAGUGCAGAUGAAAAGAAGCGGAAUUUUACUGAAACAGUUGAAGCCCAUGUGAUGUUAGGUGUUGAUCCACGUCGUGGUGACCAGAUGGUGCGUGGUGCGCUAACUUUGCCUCAUGGCACUGGCAAGACUGUUAGGGUAGCGGUAUUUGCGGAAGGCCCUGCAGCAGAUGAAGCUAGAGCAGCUGGAGCCGAUGUUGUUGGUGGUGAUGAGCUGAUUGAGGAGAUCCGCACAGGAGGUGGCAAACUGAGCUUUGACAAGUGCAUUGCAACCCCUAUGUUCAUGCCUCGUCUUUCGAAGGUUGCUAGAAUAUUGGGUCCACGUGGUUUGAUGCCAAAUCCUAAGCUAGGAUCUGUGACAAAUGAUGUUUCUGGUGCUGUCAAAGCGGCAAAAUCAGGCCGGGUCGAUUUCAAAAUAGAUAAAACAGCUAUAGUGCAUGUUGGUCUUGGGAAGGUAAAUUUUUCUGAUGAGAGUUUGCGUGAAAAUAUUGGUGCUUUUGUACAUGCACUCCUACUGGCUAAGCCGGUGGGAUUAAAGAAAACUUCAAAGUAUGUUGGGUACGUGAAGAAGUUCACAUUGAGUAGCACGAUGGGGCCUGGAUUUCCUGUAACCAUACCAUCAUUAUCUGCGGCAGCUGAUCAUUAUAACAAGGUCCAAGCCAGCUAACUCAAUAUAAUCACAAGUUAAACGAACCUUUCUUUUUUGCACUAGUGAACAGAGGCUUUGCAAGUUUUGGACGGUUUGGUGGUGGAGCAUAGAGACCUAGCGCAGUUAGAUAGAUGGCUGUUUUUGACACUGGGAUGAUGAUUUUGUGGACCAAAAACCUUCAAGAGACAGUAUCUCCUUCAAUCUCUUCCCCCAUGCAAUAGGGGAUUCUCUGUCCUCUGCUCUCAGCAAAUAUUUGAUUGCGUUAGCUGGGCCAUCUGUGUCAUUUACGGUGUUCUGCGUUUUGUUGUAAGAAAUGUAAUCUUGAGUUCAUUGCUAAACAAGAUUAUAGUUCUAGCAUUUUCGAGAUGAUAAUAAUGGUUGAGAUACUGUAUCCUGUGAUCCAAAUUCAACAGAAUGGCACUCGAAUCGAAGGGCCAUGAUCUUCAGCCGUGACCAUAAAAAGCGAACCAGUUUCAGUUUGUUGGGCCUUUUCAGUGGUAGAGUCAUCUUUUCGUUUCUG